AUGGCGGACGACGGCGAGGGCUCGUCCGAUGCCCAGAUCACAUUCAAGGUGAAGACGUCUGGCGAUGGCCUCCACAUGAUUACGAUGGCCGAAUCGGCUUCGGUGCUUGAGCUCAAGACCAAGCUCGCCACGGCCGAGUUUGAGAAUAUUCCGGUCGAGCGCCAGCGGCUCAUCUACUCGGGCCGUGUCAUGAAGAACGACGACACCUUGGGGUCCUACAAGAUUAAGCCUGGCAACACGCUGCACCUGGUCAAGAGCGCUGCCAGCAAUCACCCGCCAACGGCUGCGGCCUCGUCGGCUAGCGGUUCUGCCCCGGCUCCGGCCGUACCCACCAACAUGGCCGCUGGCACGCCGGCCAACAAUCUCCUGGCCGGCCUGACGGGCGCGCGCUUUGCUGGCCACGCCCCGCUUCCAAACCAGGACAUCUUUGGCCCAGACGGUGGGAUGAACCUGCCGUCGGAGGACCAGUUGACGGAGAUGCUGGCCAACCCUGCUGUGGCGCAGUCAGUGAACGAGGCGCUCAACAAUGACACGUUUGUCGACUUUCUGCUUCAAAACAACCCGGCGCUGCGCGGCACGCCCCAUGCCCGCGAGCUCAUCCAGUCGCCGUUCUUCCGCUCGAUGCUGACCGAUCCCGAAUACAUUCGCAUGAUGGGCCGCAUGCGGCGGUCCAUGGGCGGCGGCCAGGGUGCGUUUCCGGCGCCGGGUGCAACGGACAACACGCCGGAUGGUGCCCCAUCCUCGCCUUCGGCCGGUGGUGAUGCUGCUGCUGCUGCCGGGCAGGCGGCCAACCCGUUUGGGGCCUUCGGCAAUCCCUUCUUGCAGCAGCUUGGUGGCGGUGGCUUUCCAGGUGGGGGUGCGGGUGGGGGUGCGGGUGCUGGAGACAGCGCAGCAGAGAUGAACCGGUUCAUGUCGAUGCUCUUUGCCAACGGCCCACCAGGUGGCGCAGCCGCGGGCGCAGCAACGGCAGCAGCAGCUGGCACAGGAGCAGAGUCGGGGGCUCGUGCAGCCAGCGACCAGGUGGGUGCUGGUUUGGGAGGUGGACCAGAGGCUAGAGCUGCCGGUGCUGGCACUGGUGCUGCGGCUGCCAACCCGUUUGCGUCGCUGUUCGGUGCAGGACCGCCGGGAGGCUUUCAGAUGACGCCCGAGAUGAUGCAGCAGGCGAUGCAGAUGUUUGGAGGCGCUGGUGGUGCCAACCCGUUUGGAGCGGCAGCAGCGCCGCCGGCUCCGGCCGACAACCGGCCGCCCGAAGAACGUUAUGCAGAGCAGCUGCGGCAGUUGAACGACAUGGGGUUCUACGACUUUGACCAGAACGUGGCUGCGCUUAGGCGGAGCGGAGGAAGCGUACAAGGGGCGAUCCAGCAUCUGCUGGGUGACUAA